AUGCAGGAAACAUCCAUCAAGUUGCAAAUCAAUAACGUGCAACUGAGUGUUCAAUGUUCUCAACAUACGUCAUUCCUUCAAUCUGCCGGUGGCUGGGAUCCCACUCAGUCUGCCGGUGGCUGGGAUCCCACUCAGUCUGCCGGUGGCUGGGAUCCCACUCAGUCUGCCGGUGGCUGGGAUCCCACUCAGUCUGCCGGUGGCUGGGAUCCCACUCAGUCUGCCGGUGGCUGGGAUCCCACUCAGUCUGCCGGUGGCUGGGAUCCCACUCAGUCUGCCGGUGGCUGGGAUCCCACUCAGUCUGCCGGUGGCUGGGAUCCCACUCAGUCUGCCGGUGGCUGGGAUCCCACUCAGUCUGCCGGUGGCUGGGAUCCCACUCAGUCUGCCGGUGGCUGGGAUCCCACUCAGUCUGCCGGUGGCUGGGAUCCCACUCAGUCUGCCGGUGGCUGGGAUCCCACUCAGUCUGCCGGUGGCUGGGAUCCCACUCAGUCUGCCGGUGGCUGGGAUCCCACUCAGUCUGCCGGUGGCUGGGAUCCCACUCAGUCUGCCGGUGGCUGGGAUCCCACUCAGUCUGCCGGUGGCUGGGAUCCCACUCAGUCUGCCGGUGGCUGGGAUCCCACUCAGUCUGCCGGUGGCUGGGAUCCCACUCAGUCUGCCGGUGGCUGGGAUCCCACUCAGUCUGCCGGUGGCUGGGAUCCCACUCAGUCUGCCGGUGGCUGGGAUCCCACUCAGUCUGCCGGUGGCUGGGAUCCCACUCAGUCUGCCGGUGGCUGGGAUCCCACUCAGUCUGCCGGUGGCUGGGAUCCCACUCAGUCUGCCGGUGGCUGGGAUCCCACUCAGUCUGCCGGUGGCUGGGAUCCCACUCAGUCUGCCGGUGGCUGGGAUCCCACUCAGUCUGCCGGUGGCUGGGAUCCCACUCAGUCUGCCGGUGGCUGGGAUCCCACUCAGUCUGCCGGUGGCUGGGAUCCCACUCAGUCUGCCGGUGGCUGGGAUCCCACUCAGUCUGCCGGUGGCUGGGAUCCCACUCAGUCUGCCGGUGGCUGGGAUCCCACUCAGUCUGCCGGUGGCUGGGAUCCCACUCAGUCUGCCGGUGGCUGGGAUCCCACUCAGUCUGCCGGUGGCUGGGAUCCCACUCAGUCUGCCGGUGGCUGGGAUCCCACUCAGUCUGCCGGUGGCUGGGAUCCCACUCAGUCUGCCGGUGGCUGGGAUCCCACUCAGUCUGCCGGUGGCUGGGAUCCCACUCAGUCUGCCGGUGGCUGGGAUCCCACUCAGUCUGCCGGUGGCUGGGAUCCCACUCAGUCUGCCGGUGGCUGGGAUCCCACUCAGUCUGCCGGUGGCUGGGAUCCCACUCAGUCUGCCGGUGGCUGGGAUCCCACUCAGUCUGCCGGUGGCUGGGAUCCCACUCAGUCUGCCGGUGGCUGGGAUCCCACUCAGUCUGCCGGUGGCUGGGAUCCCACUCAGUCUGCCGGUGGCUGGGAUCCCACUCAGUCUGCCGGUGGCUGGGAUCCCACUCAGUCUGCCGGUAGCUGGGAUCCCUCAGCUUUUCUAAGACGGUAG